GUUUGGCGGGGGCCGGCGCGGCAGCAGAGGCGGCCCGGGCUCGGGCGGCGGGGAUGGAGCAGAAGCGCGCCGGGCGCGGGAGGACACGCAGCUGACGGAGCAGCGCCGCGUUUGCCUCGCUUCUCCGCCCGCCGCCGGAGCAGCCCGAGCCGCGCGGGCCGAGCGCGCAGAGCCGCCCUCGCUUUCCGCCUCCCACGGCCGCCUGCCCGGCGGAGCAAGAGCCGUACGCGCUCCCAGAGCUCGGUCAGUCCCGGAGGUUGGCACCGCACACCAGGGUACCAUGGUCUGCAAGACUCUCUUCGCUCUCUGCAUCUUCACGGCAGGGAAUGUGUUCACGUCUUGACUCAUCGCACCAGCAAGCCUAUAGACCUGGUAUCACUGUGCAUAAAUGCGAAAGCAGACCUCACAACCUCUGGGGCAGGGAACGGCCAGUCCAUCAGCUCCGCACUCACCAACCACGGCUUCCCCACCCUCAGCACACGCCCUGGGCAUCCCCGCAGGACUGAGGGUGCAGAGCCUGCCUACUGCAGCCCCCUGGCCUGUUUCUCUUCCGGCAACCGCUGUCCCUUCCACGGCCAUCUGGACGAGCUCUCCACAAAGCCCUCCUGCCUCCCCGACCAGGGGCACGCCCUGCAACUCGGUCUUCCCAGUUGCAGCCUCGGCCCCAGCACCUACAGCCCCCAAGAACAUUUCCACAGAGCACAGAGAAGAGGAGCCGAGCAGCCCAGCCUCUCACUGGGAAGGCACGGGCACAGAGCCCUCACCAACUAGCGGUGGGGUGCCCUUAACAGCCGCCCCCUCAGAACACAGCGCAGGCACUCCGGAGGAGGCAAGCCGGCCGCCGACAGGGUCCCAGCCCCCCUCUGAGGCCCCCGCCGAGUCUCCCACCCUCAGCUCCCCUCAGGCUCCAGCCUCAUCACCCCCACCCCUAUCAACCUCACCCCCGGAGGUUUCUUCCGCCUCCUCCGCCAGCACCAAUCACAGCUCUGCUGAGACCAGCACCAAGCCCACGGGAGCCCCAACCACCCCAGAGUCCCCAACAGAAGAGCACGGCUCUGCCCACACACCCACUUCCCAUGCCACAGACGAGCCGGUGGCCACACAGACAACACCCCAAGCAACAGUGCCAGCCAAAGUGACCUGCGUGAUGAUGGACAUCGAGACCACUGCCUCCCCCGGGGUGAUCAUGCAGGAAGUGGAGCACGCGCUAAGCUCAGGCAGCAUCGCCGCCAUUACGGUGACAGUCAUUGCUGUGGUGUUGUUGGUGUUUGGAGUUGCAGCAUAUCUGAAGAUCAGGCACUCCUCCUACGGAAGGCUUCUGGAUGAUCAUGACUACGGAUCCUGGGGAAACUACAACAACCCUCUGUACGACGACUCCUAACGAAGGAAUGUGGCCAGGACGAGGGAGAACUGUUGUUUAUUUAUAAGUGCUUUCCCAGUAGAAUUAAUACGAGUACCUGACACACAUCGAGCGACAAUCUCUUAAGUCCUGUUUCGUUGGUUUGGUUGUUUUGUUUUCCGCCCUCUCCUCUGGCUGCUAUAACUUCCCCUUUCUGGUACAAAAAGAAUCAUUGUUUAAAGGUGAGUGGGGGCUUCUUUGCAGCUGAAAAGGGCCAACCUGGAGCUGGAGCUGGAGCUGGAGCCGCACGCCGCCCACCGUGGUAGAAGCUUCUGUACCCACCGCAGGAUGCACCGUAAGAGGGACUGGAGGCCAGGGAUUGAGUUCUUCCGUCGGGGAGGGGGGUUACUUUUAGGGGAACUUUUUGUUUGUGGUAUUUCUUAAACUUUUUCUUUAGGAAAUUACAUACAUUACAUCUCCAUGAAAUGAGGGAAAGGAGAUGAGUACUGGGAGAAUUUCACCCUGCAGGUGAGGAAGCAGGCGCUGCUUGGAUUCCUUUUUAAUCUCUGUUUUUACCUGGUUGUAUCACAGGAUGCCUGCUUGGCUCCGUGAGC